UCAAUGAGCGACGGAGGCGGCGUGACCUGUGACAGGACAGAUGGCUGUGUGUGCUCUGACCCGCGCCCUCCGCUCGCUGGCCGUGUCCUCAUUUACCCCGGGGCCACCCGUCCGGUGCCAGGCGCCCCCGGUGGUGACGCUUAGAGGCCUCCUGACCUCCGCCUGCCUCAACAACAUCAAAGUAUGGAAGAAUCGGACCAAAUACACGAUCAACCCCAUCGGCAAGAAGAAAACGGGCGGCCGAGACCACACCGGGCGAGUCCGAGUCCGUGGCAUCGGGGGAGGCCACAAGCAGCUCUACCGCAUGAUCGACUUCCAGAGACUGCAUUAUGAGCCGGGGAGGGAGAACGCCCCGUUUCAGGAGAAGGUGAUAGAGGUUCGCUACGACCCCUGCAGGUCUGCGGACAUCGCGCUGGUGGCUGGUGGCAAGAGGAAGCGCUGGAUCAUUGCCACCGAAAACAUGGAGGAAGGUGAUCUGAUCACCACGUCAGGCCACAUUGGCCGCAUGGCCGUGUCUGCUCAAGAAGGAGACGCUCACCCGCUGGGAGCCCUCCCCGUGGGGACCCUCAUCAAUAACCUGGAGGUGGUUCCUGGGAAGGGAGCUCAGUACAUCCGGGCCGCAGGUACGUGUGGCGUGUUACUCAGGAAGGUGAACGGUACGGCCAUCGUGCAGCUCCCGUCAAAGAGACAGAUUCAGGUCCUGGAGGGCUGUGUCGCCACCGUGGGUCGUGUAUCCAACAUUGACCACAACAAGCGAAUCAUUGGCAAAGCGGGUCGGAACCGGUGGCUCGGGGUCCGUCCGUCCAGCGGGUUGUGGAAGAGGAAGGGAGGUUGGGCCGGACGAAAGAUUAAGCCUCUCCCGGCCUUGAAGAGUUACGUGGCGUUGCCAUGCGCGGCUGCAGCUCCCCGGACAUGAGGAACGCGGCAGCCCGGCGGCGGGGCUGCGUUUGGACUGAACCAGAACUGAUUUCUGUGUCACUGAGGAGACUGAAGGGACCCGGAUUCUAACGAACGAGAGCUCAAUAAACACUCUGAUUGGGUGAAAUGCACAA